AUGAACCGGAUUGACGAGCAGGAGGGCGAAACAAAUGAGGACUUCAACGAGCGGUACGACGAAAAAUACGAAAGAUUCGAAGCACCAACCCUUGACACCAUCAACACAUCAAACACACUGGCACCUCUCCAAGAUGAAGCAGAUAUUAUAUCCCCGAUAAGCCAGCGCGCCGAGGCAAAUCGUCUCAAUGAUGAUCUUGAGCUUCUCCGCGCUGAGCGCAUGGUCUCUAACCAGGAACAUGAUCUCGCGUCCGGCUCUCGGAUGAAGGUUCGGCAUCACAGCCCCGAACCGGAGGAUGCCUUCAACCAGCCUGCCCCGGAAGCGGCCGUGGAGAAGAAGAAGAAUACCAAUGCCGCCCUGUACAAGCUGUGGCUCUUUAUCAGCAAGUUUCCUCGCUUCUUUCGAUACAUCAUCUAUCUUAUCCCUGGCGCGGCUUUGCUCCUUGCCCCCGUCUUGCUUGGCACGUAUAGAUUUAAUGGCGUUAAAGAUGCCGUGGGCGGCGUUGGCGGUGUCUAUCUCAUGUGGUUUGGCAUCUGGCUGGAAAUCGUUUGGUGUUCGCUGUGGGUGACCCGAAUGAUCACGAACCUGAUCCCCCCUCUAUUCCACAGCGUCGCCAAAAUGGCCGGGUCGACCAAUGCGCACAAGUGGCGGGACAUUGGACAGCGUCUCGAACUGCAUACGGCCAUAUUUCUGUGGUUUCUGGCCAUCCUCGUCUCCUUCAAGCCUACCAUGAACAGCCACCGUGCUCCGGUACCAGAAGGACGAGAAGAUGAGGUGGAUAUCCAAUGGAUCGGCAUCGUCAACAAAGUCAUCAUUGCGCUUUUUGUCCUCGCCGCACUCAACUUUGUGGAGAAGAUCCUCAUACAGUGGAUUGCGCAAAGCUUCCACCAGCGAACAUACGCCACUCGAAUCGAAAACAACAAAGGAGACAUCCGUCAACUUGUUCGCCUUUACGAAUAUGCAAAAGCCAAGCUUGACACCUCUGACCCUUUUUGGAAAGGCAGCAAUGGACAUGCUUCAGCAAGCGGCUUGCAAACUCCCAUGAAAGCCUUUCAUAAUAAUGCCCGCCAGGUGCUGGGCAAAGUCGGUCAUGCUGCCGGCAGGGUGGGCAAUGACCUUCUGGGCCGCAAAGGGGCUGACAACAACCAUCCUCGAAAGAUUGUGGCCGAGCUGCUUCGCACCACUCAGUCUGCGCACUCCCUCGCGCGUCUCAUCUACCGGAGCCUCGUACGAGAUGGGCGCGAGACUGUCCACCUGGAAGACCUGCAGACUGCCUUUGAAACGGUGGAGGAAGCUGAGGCGGCCUUUAGCAUGUUUGAUAAAGACCUCAAUGGCGACAUUUCUGUGGACGAGUUUGAGACAGUUUGCAACGAGAUUCAGCUCGAAAAAAAGGCAAUCGCGGCGUCUCUCAAAGAUCUCGACUCCGUCAUACAGAAGCUUGAUAAAGUCUUCCUCGUCAUCAUCGUCAUCAUCGCCGUCAUUGUCUUCGUCGCCAUCUUGUCGGAUUCAACCGCCGCCGGUCUCGCUUCUGCUGGUUCCUCGGUCCUCGGUCUCGCGUGGGUGCUUCAGGCAACGGCCCAGGAAUUUCUGCAAUCCAUAAUCUUCGUCUUUAUCAAGCAUCCAUUUGAUGUAGGCGAUCGUGUAACCAUUUAUGGUAACACCGGAGCCACGCUGACAGGCGACGACUAUUAUGUGACGGAAAUCUCGCUGCUCUAUACCGAGUUUAAAAAGAUGCAAGGUCACAUUGUCCAAGCCCCAAACUCGCUUCUCAAUACCGUUUUUAUUCUCAAUCAGCGGCGAUCCAAUGGCCUUUCCGACUCGAUUCCUCUUGAGAUGCGAUUUGGCACACCCGGCCACCUGAUUGACGAGCUCAAGGCUCGAAUGCUAGAGUUUGUCCAGGCCAACAAGCGGGAUUACCAGCCGAGCAUCAUUACUGAGAUGACUGGCUUCAAGGAAGUGAGAUCAUGUACUAUGAACAUUGUCUUCUUCCACAAGAGCAGCUUUCAGAACGAACUCCUUCGACUGAACCGCCACAACAAAUUUGUUACGGAGCUCAUGUAUCAGAUGGUUCAAGUGGGCAUUGAAGCGCCGCUCCGAAUCGACCCUGGCGGUAGCCGAGACCAUCCUUUGUACUGGGCAAACAUGCCCGCGCCACCCGCAUAUAACAACGCUGGCGAGAGCUCAUCAUCAUCAUCGCACGGUCGACCUCGAGCUACGUCUAGCAUCCGCAGCGUCCAUGUACCAAACCAGGAGCCCGCCACGGGAGGGUUCCAAGAUGUAUUCGAAAAACGGCGAGAGCACGUACUUAUGCAGAGGAUGGCGUCUAUCCGAGAGAAAGAGAGGGGGCUGCAGGAGGAGUCUGCUGCAGACGCCCGUGCGUCUACUUCAGCUCUGGCACCAGUCAUUUCGAUCGACUCUGGGUCUCAAACGCGGUCUCGCAUAUUUGGACGCGCACGGAGCGGAACUAGGAGCGUCCAAAGCCACAAUGACAUGGUCUAA